AUGGAGAUUGGACGUACAGCCGAAGACGCCGCCGCCGACGACGAGGAUGUGGUCCGGCAGGUCUGGAGACAUGUUAACAGCGGUGUCUAUCUUCUGUUCCUUUGUCUGGGAUGGAUAUCUUCGCUGGCGUCUUCUUGUAGGCUGGCCGUCAGAGUCUUCACUGCGAAGUCGGCGGCAGGCGAGAUGCCGAGAGUGGAGAUGGCGGCCAUGGUGAGCGACGGUAGCGCGGGCUGGCCAGGAGCGGUGAGACUAGCAGCAGUCCAGAGUCCAGAGUCCAGCAGUCUAUACGAGACAGAAGAAGGGAAGAGAAGAAGUAGAUACAUUGAAGUAGAAGUAGAAGUAGAAGUAGAUGUAGAAGUUGAUGAAGUCGAGAAGUCAGCGAAGCAAGGAUGUCUUAUCGAUAACAGCAAAGCUUCCAGCUUCUGCUUCCACUUCCACUGCCAGCUUCUGCUUCUUCUCUCCAUCGACAAAGACAAAGAUGCGCCCGUCGCGAGUGCUGCUGCAGGCUCGCCGGCCUCUCUCGCUGCCCAGGAACCCUCCUUUACGCCGCAAGAGAAUGUCACCAAGACCACUGAGAAUGCCGCUUCCAAAGGCGUCCGCCCCGUGGUGAUGACCGUCACUGCGCUGGGCAUGUUCGCCCUGUCGGCCUACGGGAGCUAUCUGUACACUACCUACCGCCAGGCGCGCGCCUUCAGCAGCAAGCUGUCCGUCGACAGCGACGUCUCCGACCGCUACCGCACGACGGCGGGCCAGUACGACAGCGACGUCGACCUGGCCGAGCGCACGAUGCGAAUGGGCAAGAGACGCCGUGAGCUGAUCCAGCGCGCCCGCGGCCACGUCCUCGAGGUCAGCGCGGGCACCGGACGCAAUCUACCGUACUACAUGCUGGGCGAGCGACGGGGCGUGGACAAGCAGGGCAAGGCGGCGGUGCUGGGCUGCCGCAGCGUCACCUUCAUCGACCUGUGGCCCGAGAUGGUGGACAUUGCGAGAUGGAAGUACGAGGCGAUGGGGAGCAACAGGGAGAAGGGCAAGGCCGAGGUGGUCUUUCUGGCGCAGGAUGCGAUGGGCGAGGUCACGUCUCCCGAGGGCACCAAGUUCGACACGGUGGUGCAGACGAUGGGCCUGUGUUCGCACCCCGAGCCGGUCAAGCUGCUCAGACAUCUGGGAGAGUUACUGGUGACUGGCGAGGAAGGGCGGAUCCUGCUGCUGGAGCAUGGACGGGGCCACUACGGCUGGCUCAACGGACUGCUGGACGGGCUGGCCGCUGCCCACGCCGACCGCCACGGCUGCUGGUGGAACCGGGACAUUGGCGAGAUCGUGAGGCAGAGCGGCCUGGAGGUGGUUGAGGCGAGACGGUACCAUCUGGGGACGACGUGGGAGUAUGUUUUGAGAAGGAGAAGAUGA